AUGAAGUUCAUGCAAGUCACUUCUCUCCUUACGCUGCUUGCAGCAUCGGCGUCAGCCUUGCCGACGUCCCCUGCUGCAGAUGCCCUGAACGCUCGCACGGCGGCGUUGAUGGGAGCUGCUAAGCGUGAAACGGAUAUCUACCAUGCGACAGCUAAGCGCUCUCCGGAGACCGAUAUCUACCAUGCUACAGCCAAGCGUCGUUCUCCUGAAACAGAUAUCUACCACGCCACUGCUAGGCGCCGAUCGCCAGAAACCGACAUCUACCAUGCCACUGCAAAACGUCGCUCUCCCGAGACUGACAUUUAUCACGCGACGGCUAAACGCUCAGCAGCUAAGCGCGAGACUGAUAUCUACCAUGCCACUGCCAAACGCUCUCCCAGCCCAGAGACCGACAUCUACCACGCCACCGCGAAGCGUCGUUAA